AUGGGUCUUUUAGCAUUGGGCACGCCUCUCAGCUGGCCGGAAGCGAAGAAAGCAGCGAAUCAAGUCAGAGAGUGGGGGAUUGAGCAAUUGCUCAACAUUUGGCGCAAGGCCAAGGUGAAAGAACGUGAUGCUCUCCUGUGGGGGGACGAGAUCGAAUAUAUUGUGGUUGCUGUUGAUGAAGGCCAGAAGAAGGUCCGGUUAUCAUUAUGCCAGGCCGACGUGUUGAAGGCAUUGGCGCACGAUACCGAAUUGGCGAAGCAUGACUCGAUGGUGCCAGAUCUUCAGGAAGACGUGGUUGCGAGCGGCAAGCUUCCAACGUUCCAUCCCGAGUUCGGCCGGUUCAUGCUGGAGGCCACCCCAGGUAAACCAUGGGGCAUCGGAUUCAAAGACCUUCUUGAUGUCGAGAACGACAUGAAACUUCGGCGGGUGAUUGCCAAAGCGCACAUGCAAGCGCACGAGUACCCGGUAACAUUGACGACGUUUCCUCGUCUGGGCACCCGAGACGACUACAUUACCCCGUACUACCCCCCGUCGGGUCCAAUGUUAAGAUCGCAGUUUGUGCCGGACGAAAUCGCCAACCCGCACAUCCGCUUUCCCACGCUAGCCGCGAACAUUCGGGCGCGGCGAGGGCGCAAAGUCGAGAUCAACGUGCCGGUAUUCCACGACAAAAACACACCGAACCCCUUCAGUGACCCGACGGUCAACUACGACCUGCACAAAUGGCCCGAGGACGACGAUGUGCGCAACGGGGCAGUCAAGCCGGACUGCGUGUACAUGGAUGCGAUGGCAUUCGGGAUGGGCAGCUGCUGUCUGCAAAUCACAUUCCAAGCCAAGAACAUCCGUGAGGGUCGGAUGCUGUAUGACCAGUUGUCGCCACUAGGGCCAAUUCUGUUGGCGCUGACGGCGGCGACGCCGAUCUACAAAGGGUUUUUGGUCGACACUGACGUGCGGUGGAACCAGAUCUCGCGGGCGGUGGACGACCGGACUCGCGAAGAGCUGGGCGAGGUGCCGCUGAAGCAUGACCGGUGGCGGAUCCCCAAGUCCCGCUACGCCAGCAACAGCACGUACAUUGCCGAGGACCCGCGGCUGCGACCCGAAUAUAUGGAUCCAGAACUGGUGGUGGACGAGAGGCUAAAAAAGAAACUGCUAGACGGCGGCAUGGACGAGUUGCUGGCGACGCAUUUCGCGCACCUGUUCAUCCGCGACCCGAUUGUUAUUUUCGCCGAAGAUCUCAAGGAGCUGGACCCCGAGGGUUCGAACCACUUUGAAAACAUCCAGAGCACCAACUGGCAGCACAUGCGGUUCAAGCCGCCGCCACCUGACGCCGACAUUGGCUGGCGCGUCGAGUUCCGCAGCAUGGAGAUCCAAAUGACCGACUUUGAAAACGCCGCCUUUGCCAUCUUUAUUGUCCUCGUUACCCGCGCCAUCCUCAGCUUCGAUCUGAACUUUUAUAUUCCUAUCCCCCGCACCACCGAGAACAUGGACACGGCGCAUGCCCGCGACGCCGUUCUGACGCAGAAAUUCUGGUUUCGAAAGGAUCCCUUUCCUCGCCGAAGUCCGAGACAGUCGCCCAAGUUGAACGGCGUUACAUCUACGGAGAGUGUUGGUGGCUCAGGGACAGAGCUGGCUACUGAUCCUACAUCUUUGACCAGCGCGAACACUACAACUGGCGACGCUACUACCGAUACGUCCACAAACCGGUCCAUUACGGCAAACAGUACUCGGUCCACAACACCAUUUGCCGCAGGCUUCGACACCCCCGUCGAGGACGAAUAUACAUUGAUGACGAUUGACGAGAUCAUCAACGGCAGCAAUUGCGCCAACAGUGGUGCUGGUGCGCCGACCGAAAACGGAGAUACUGGUGAUAGUCAAGAAGGUUUCCCAGGCCUCAUCCCCCUAGUCGAAUCGUAUCUGGACAGCGUCAACAUCGACGUCACGACCCGCUGCGAACUCGAGCGCUACCUGGACUUGAUCCGCAAACGCGCCAACGGAACGCUGUGGACUGGCGCGAAGUGGCUGCGCGAAUUUGUACGGUCGCACCCCGAAUAUAAAUUCGACAGCGUCGUGAGUGAACGCAUCGUCUACGACUUGUUCAGGGCUGUCGACGAGGUCGGGCGCACAGAGGGCGAGAAUGGCGCCGUCGGCUGGGAGAUGUUGACGGCCAAAGAGAGGAGGAAGGGGUUAGAUGAUUGA